AUGUACCGCCUGCAGGCAUCUUUGCGGCAGAGGGCCUUGGCAUCCCAACCCGUAAGCAGCCACCAAAUCAGUGGCGCUCGGAAGGAGAUUCCAGAGAACGAGGUAGAUGUCCUGAGCCGCCUGACUUUGGAAGAGCUGCAGCAGCUCGUGACAUCGCCCCCGGUUCUGGACGAAGGCGACUACCAGGCCAAGCUGACCCUUCUGAGCCCCAGCCGGGUGCCGCUCGCAUCCAGCGGUCCCAUUCAUCCACAGUGGGUCCAAGUGCACGUUUACAACCUCAGCGAGAACUUCGUCGGUGCCAACCAGAUGUUGGCCUUUGCCGAAAGCGGCCCUGCCUUAGGGGGCGCAUUCCACGUGGGUGUGGAGGUCUUCGGAGCCGAGUGGUCUUACGGCGUCUAUGGCAUCGCUUGCGAUCCGCCGCGUUCAGAGACGGCGCACGUCUACGAGUGCAGCGUUUACGUAGGCUCGACAGUCAAGAGCCAGAUGGAAGUUGCCGACAUCCUCCAUACGCUCUGCCAAGAGUGGCGUGGGCAGGACUACGACGUCUUGAGUCACAACUGCUGCAGCUUCGGGCGAAGGUUCGUGGAAGCCCUUGGGGUGGGACCCAUGCCGGACUGGGUGGACCGCUUUGCGCGGACGCUCCAUGGGGCAAGGGCCGGGAUCCAGGCUGGGGGCCACGCGCUGGCGCGCUACGGUCAGCACGCCGGCGAUCGCUUGCAGAAGGUCGUGCUCGAGGACGUGCCGGUUCUCUACCGGGUGGCGAAGCCCCACGUCGAGCGAGCCAUCGUGCAGACGCAGGUGUAUGUCGUGGAGAAGGGGACGCAGGCCGGGAAGGUGAUCCACAAGGCCGUGGUGCACGAUGUGCCUGUGAUGGUUGAGACCGGUGUGGAGACCGCGCGGCCGUAUGUCCAGCAGGCUGGGCAGGCAAUCCACAAAGUCGUUUGGCAUGACGUGCCGGUGAUGUAUGAAACGGCACGGCCAUAUGUGGAGGAGGCCGCCGGCGGUUUCGGCCACCAACCCAUUCUGUGCACAUUCUUCCCGUCCCGCUUCGAGGAGGUCAAAAGUCCUUCGUUCCUAAGCUCCUGGAAGGCUACUGGAAGUUGUGCUGCUUCCCAGAAAUUCCUAGAGUCCCCCCAUACUGCAGCCGGGGAAGGCUUCGUAGGCGAGCAUCUGUUGAGUCCCAAGUCCGGAGGUCCGACGAGUUGA